UCAUGCAGAAGCUGCGAGUACUGGCAUAUGAGAUCGCACUCCUUGGGUCGAGAGCUCCUAAAAAUUUGCUUGAUAGCUUACUAAAUAUCAUAGGAUACUUCGUAAGCCAACGCUUGUAGAAGAGGCGUGUCCUGUUGUGUACGCAUCUGAGGGAAUACGUCAUGGUGAUGGUCGUUCGUCAGUGCCGUGGUGUACGCGGAAAUCUCACCGAGCUGAGAUGGUCAACAGUUUCAGUGAAGUUUCGUGUUUAUUGUGUCAGAUUUGAAGUGGCUCGCUCUUGAAGAACGGAACACUCACGGCGGAAGGCUGGUGCGCGCCAAGGGAAGGCAGAAAAAUAGGGCACAGUACGGAACGCAUCCAGGCAUUGCGUAUGGCAUGGCGGACGGGGGCCAGUCUACGGAGAACCCCACAACAGAAGAGGGCGCAGGUCAGGGCGGCGCAAAGAAGCUGUUACGGCUGCGGAUUGUGGCAGGCCACAGCUUGGCGAAAAAGGACAUUUUCGGAGCAAGCGAUCCGUAUGUGCGAAUUGACCUUGUCAAGGCUAGGGGUGACAGCUACACAGUAUUGGAUUCACUAUACACGAAAACCAAAAAGAAGACGCUGCAUCCAAAAUGGGAUGAAGAGUUUGUGAUCAAGGUUGAUCCUCAGGAGCACAAGAUAGUCAUGGAAGUGUUUGAUGAAAACAGACUGUCUUUAUGGCAAGGAAUGCGAUCGCACAGUGUGCCUGCUGCUGUCACAGUGUCUGGUGCGCGCUCAAUGCCACAGACUCGCGAUGACUUCCUGGGUCUGGUGGAGUUGCCCCUGGCUGCCAUACCCGUGGAACGACCUGGGCGGCACAUUCCUCACAAGUAUUACCUGCUCCGGCCACGCAGCAGCGCCAAGUCCCGGGUCAAGGGCCACCUGCAGGUCUACCAUGCUUACCUGCCAGACGGGGAGCAGCAAGCAGCUGAGAAUGCAAAUCAGAGCUCAACAGACGAGGGCUGGGAGGUGGUGGAUGCGGAAGACGGCGGGCCGCCAUCAUCUCAAGGGGCUGGCAGCACAAGCAGUCCGGAGUUCUCGGGCAGCGAAGCCCCUCCGUCACCACUGCCACCUGGCUGGGAGGAGCGGGAAGACGCCUGCGGGCGUAUCUACUAUGUCAACCACGUGGCCCGCACGACACAAUGGGAGCGUCCCAUAAGGGGUGAUGGCUCAGAGGAAGGUGCAGCAGCUCAUCAGCGGAACCUAGACCUGGCGCAGGAGUUCCAGCGGAGGGUCCACAUCAGCGUUGACGAGACGGCCAAUCACUCCACUACCCCUAAUCACAUAGAGGAGCCGCAGGCGGUGCCAUCUGUGCAAAGGGGCAGUGUUGUAGAGGCUACCGCACAGCAGAAUGGAACUCUGCCUCCUGGUGCCAAUUCACAGCGACGAUUUACCUUGCCAAUGGAGGCCAGUGUGAGGCCCCAGCUGACAUCAGCGCCUCAGCCGAGUCCCGAGGGUUUGCCAGCUGGCUGGUCCCUGCAGGUGGCUCCCAACGGGCGCCUCUUUUUCAUUGACCACAACACCAAGACCACCACCUGGGUGGAUCCUAGGACAGGAAAACCAAGCGACUUGCCCCGGCAUGGCAGCAUUCCUGGAAGCCAGCAAAACACCAUGGAUGACUUGGGACCACUUCCGGAUGGCUGGGAAGAGCGCGUUCAUACAGAUGGCCGAAUUUUCUUCAUUGACCACACUGCAAGAAUAACGCAAUGGGAGGAUCCUCGCUUCAACAAUCCCAAUGUUGCUGGUCCCGCUGUCCCAUAUUCAAGGGAUUAUAAGAGGAAGUAUGAGUACCUUAAAUCCAAGCUUCCAAAACCGCCUGGAAACAUUCCGAACAAAUUUGAACUGAAGGUAUCACGGGCGCGGAUACUGGAAGACUCAUAUCGUAUCCUAAGCAAUGUGACAUGCGUGGAUCGCCUGAGAUCCAAGCUCUGGGUCGAGUUCGACGGUGAGGAAGUUCUGGACUAUGGCGGCGCAUCGCGGGAGUUUUUCUACCUGUUGUCUCGGGAGAUGUUCAACCCGUACUACGGUCUCUUCGAGUAUUCGGCAGCGGACAACUACACACUCCAGAUCAACCCUUGCUCGGGAAUGUGCAAUGAAGACCAUCUUUCUUACUUCAAAUUCAUUGGAAGAGUGGCUGGUAUGGCUGUUUAUCAUGGGAAACUACUUGAUGCAUUCUUUAUUCGACCGUUCUACAAAAUGAUGCUCGGCAAGCCAAUUACAAUCAAGGACAUGGAGUCCGUGGACACAGAGUACUACAACUCGCUACGUUGGAUUAUGGACAACGAUCCUGCCGAACUUGACCUUCGAUUCUCGGUGGACGAAGAUCUGUUCGGGCAGAUGCAACAGCGUGAGUUAGUGCCUGGCGGUGCUGACCUACCCGUCACGCAGGAGAACAAGGCCCGCUAUGUCGACCUUGUGAUCCAGUGGCGCUUCGCGUCUCGCGUGCGGCCCCAGAUGAAUGCCUUCCUCGAAGGUCUGAAUGAGCUGGUACCCCUGGCCCUGCUGCGCGUCUUCGAUGAGCAUGAACUCGAGUUGCUGAUGUGUGGCAUUGGCCAGAUUGAUGUGCGUGACUGGCGGCGCCACACUGUCUACAAGGGUGGCUACCAUGCCAACCACGUGGUGGUUCAGUGGUUCUGGAGGCUGGUGCUGUCGUUCAACAAUGAGAUGCGGUCACGCCUGCUCCAGUUUGUCACGGGCACGUCGAGGGUUCCGAUGAAUGGCUUUGCCGAGCUGCACGGCAGCAAUGGGCCGCAGCCUUUUACACUGGAACGGUGGGGAUCACCGAGCAACUUGCCUCGCUCUCACACCUGCUUCAACCGUUUAGAUCUGCCGAUGUACGAAAGUUACCAAGAUCUUCGGGAGAAAUUGAUACAGGCCAUUGAAGGAUCAGAAUCCUUUGGAGGAGUCGACUAGCAUUCCACGUUACCAUGGUCUCCAAAGCUUCUGUGGCACAUUGCACAGGGUUGCAACCUAUGUGCAUGUCCACAGGGUUUGAACAGUCUUGUUACACCAUCUUAUCUCAAGUGUCAGCGCAAGAACAAGUUUUAGUCAACCAGAUGCAACAAGUGCCUUUUCUGCUGCUCAUCCAGCCAAUGGGGGCCACGAUACAAGCUUGAUUUCUUCUUUCUCCUCUACUCUGGACUGCUGACCAACCUUGCUCGGCCUAGCAAAAUGUUCUUGUUUGUGCUUUUGCAGGCAUGUAGUAGUAACAGUAGUAGUAGCAGCACCUCUCAAUCAUUCAUCCGGUUUUGGCUAGCAUCAUUGUUCGGCCAUUUUGGUUAAGGGUCUCUUAUUUUAGCGUCACUAUAACCCAGUCUCUUGAGGAAACAGCCAGUUUCAUGUCUUACUGGUUGUACAAAGUGCUGCUAUUUGAACUUGCUGGAGAAAAGUACAUUUUGCGUUAGAGGACAUGGCCGAAAGAAAUGAGACUCCUGUGGAUCCACGCAUGUCAUUUCUUUCUGCUGUGCUUGUGCACAGUGUGCUACGUUUUCAGCUGAUUUCCACAUUUACAAGUCUAAUCUUGAGUGAAGCUGUGCAUUACUAGUUGCUUUCUUUACUAGAUAUUCAUUGAGAGAAGAUCUUGUAUGUUGCCCGCAAUAGAAAAGCAGCUGGUGUAUAAACUGGCACUGUUCGCUUAAUCCUGCGUGAUGAAGUGACAGGUACAAGUUCAUGCUUGGUGAUGCUACAUUUGGAGGCACCCACUUUUGUUCUUGUUUUCUCCAGAGUUCAAGAAGCAUUCAGUGCGUACCUGUUCUUGACAACAGUGGCAUAAUUACAGCGGGUACCGAACGGUGGCACCAGUGUCGUCUUUUAACUAGUCAAGUUCUAGAACGAGCCCUUCAGGCUGUCGGUAUAUGUCAGACUGAUGGUGUCAGAUUCUGAAAUGAGAAAUGUAGUUUGCCGAGCAACAAGAAUUUUCGAACCUUGUGAAGUGAGAAGAAAAGGUGGGUUAGGGGUGGUCCUGUGUUGUAAGUUCAUGUUUGCAGGACCCGUGUUUACACCAUCUUUAGCUCCUCAUAUACUAUUCGCUGGAGAAGCACUUGUCUCAAUGUUAUCGUAUUUCCACGGAGAUUGGCAGUGAUCAUUAUCACUGCACCUGAUGCACUUCCUUUAUUGCUUUAGUGGAAGCAAGUCUGUGGAAAGGGAGGUAUGUUAAAAUACUGUGGAGAAAUGCUUUGUGUUUGCACAGCGAUAUCCCUUCGGUUCCACCCUUUUGUUUUUGCUACACUUUAAUAUGCAAUGAGCUCAACCACUAGGCAACUGGGCUAUGUGGAAAAGCCAAUCUUUCAAUCUAAGGAGAAUGGUUUGUUCAAUUGCACAGGAAGGAGCAAAAGCUCUGUUAAGGAGAUGCACACCAGUACAGCCUUACUUUUACAAGCUCAGCUUACUGUUCUGGCUGGUUUCAUGCCACAUCAGAAGCAUUUUAAAGUAGCACUGUUGAUCGAGUGUUACAAUAAGACGCACUUUUGCAAGCCAUGGUGCAAUCCCAUAGAGCCGUAUACCGCCGUUGCCACUCGCACAUCCUGCCUUGCUGAAGCACUCCAAGCAUUAGUAUGGUUGUAUUUCACAUUGUCGUACCACAUUACAAUCAUAGUGCUGUUGUUGUUUCUUGUCGGCUUUUGCAUUUCAGUCGUAGAAAUGCAGCUCGUUGCUACAACAUAAGUUGAGAAAAUUGGAAUGGCCUCAAGAAAUGUGACGCAGCAUGUGCUAUCGCACAUUACUUCUCAACAAGCGAGUUUUUCUCAGUUUGAAACAGUUUGAACAGAUGCUGUAUGUGUUUUCUUCUGCACCAACUGAACUAGGGUUGCAGUGUAUGGAAAAAUUUUCCACUCUUCAAGCACAUGCAAACUGGUGUGUAGCGCUACAGUAUUCGAGCACAUAGAUUUAAUUUGAAAUCUUUUCUCAUGGUUACAUGCUCAUAAUGAAGGCCCAUAUGCAGCCUCAGCAGAAUGGCUCUGUGAAAUUCAGCUUUCGAUGAAGUUUGGAGAACGCACACCUUGAAAAUGCACACCAGUUGGUGUUUCUAACGUACAAGGUCCUAUUGGACCAAUGCGAACGACUGUGUUCUGGCACAAUGCAUCUCCACUUUGCUGCUUUUGCACCGAGAGGGUGCAAAUUGCUGCGCAAAGGCCCAUGUUCACAAAACCCUUAGCUAAGUCAUUAAAGCACUUGUUUGAACUUUUAUAUGUAUAUGAAAGUUGUUUGACUACAUUAACAUGUAGCUCUACCUAUGUACAACUAAGCAAACAUGAAGAGCUCUAUAUACAAAAAAACCUGCUUUUCAUAUUGUGGCAUGUAAAGCAGAGAAAAAGCCCCUACAUUAUUUGGGGUUCACCAAAAUGUCACAUCUCACCCUUCAAAUUUUUAAAUGCUUUUAUGGGAGUAGAAGGCUUGUUUUGUGCAUGAUUUCAUAGAUUCGUGUUCAGGCUGUUUCGAUUUUGAAUUGCUGUAAUUGUGAGAGGUUGUGCAGUUUGUGUUAGGUUGAGGUUUUAAGUGUGUGUAAUAUAGAGCAAUUUGUUAGCAGAACUUUACUUAGAUGGAUUGAGGUUAUCGAUUACAUAUUUACGUGCAUGUGUAUUGUGUGUUCAUAUAUUAGGUAUCCAGACUUUCUGACUGCAUUAUGUCAGACAACUGUGUGCAACAGCAGCAACUUUGGUAAACAACACUUGUGCUUCAUUUUGCAAGUUUGGUGCAGCCACAAAGAAAUGUAUUUCUCUUAGAGCUAACUUGUUGUUUAAUGGGAAUCUUGUUGGUACUUAAUUCAGUUUUUCACCGUGCUUAAAGUCUCAAGACCUAAUGUGCGGGAUCAUGUACAGUUGCACAGGUAGGCAGCAAAGCAACAUUUAAAGGGUUAUAUUUGCUCUAUACUGCAUGAUAUAGAUUGUGUCAAAUAACUUAGCAUUUGUAAAAAAAGGGCCUUCUUUUUGUUUUAAUCUGUAAAAUCUCUGCCACUAUUACCAGCAGUUUAAUAACCUUUACCUACCUCUUGCAAAGAAAGCCAGCUUUGAGCCUUGUACAUUGAAACAUGCAACUUUACUAGACGAGCACUGAAGAAAAAUGUUCCAAGUAUUGGCACGUUUUUUUUUUUUUUUUGCCAUGUUGACAUGACACAUUUAAGACGACCAUGUAGUACCAGCACAGAAGUUGAAAAACGUGGCAUCACUUGCAGCAUGCCUGUUUGCCUACUUUUCAGCUCUGCAUAGAGGACUGAAAUAUUUUGUGUCCUCUCUUGAGGAGGCAAACAGCUUUCCAAUUGUUAUGAAGCAGCACUUUCCAAUGGCAUGUUUGCUCAAUAUAGGAGUUAAAAGCACAUUGCCAAUUAAAUUUAUGCACACAGCUUCUCCUACUGCCGGAUGUAAUGCUGCCAUACAUGUUUUUUAAAUAGAGCCGGGCCGAGUUCAAGUGAGAUUUUAUUUUACGUGUGCAAUUAUCAAACCUGUUUGGAGUGCAUGCAGUCUUUUUUUUACAUUUUAAGUCGCUGUUUCGGCACGCACAUUUAUUUACAAAAAGCCUGUGACAAUUGCUGUUGCUUGAUUUUUUUUUUACACCAAACAGUGAAUUCAAGUAUUUUUCUUGCUGUGUACACUGAGCAUGUCGUAUUUGUGUUGUUGAAAGCGAAAUUUUCAUGGCAAACGUGCACCUACUGCUUGAGCUUCGAGUCACGCACAGAGUCAUUCAAGUUUGUGUACAAUAAAUAGCGUUUGGCAGAUGCCUUUAUUUAUAAAUAAAACUUAGAACUGACAAA